AUGAUCAUCGGAGGAUCAGGAUCGCAGUACAGCAGCGAUACCAUCUCUCCCAUCAAAGCUUAUGAGCGCAAGGCUGAGACGAGCGCAAAUUCGCAAACCUGGUCCGCGCCAGGUGAUUUCCCGAAAGGAGCGAUCACUUUCGAUGAAGAAGAAGCCGGCAUGAUAGAUCAGCCCCACAGCGAUCCGCUCGUGAUCGUUCUCGUGAUAAGGGAUCUCGAGGCCGCGAGAGUUCUCAUCGACACGGGUAGCACGGUCAAUGUCAUCUUCCGUGAUACUCUUAGAAGGAUGAACGUUGAGCUAGGAGAAGUCGUACCGUAUCCCAAGCCGUUAACCGGUUUUGAGGGCACUACAUCUAUGACUCUCGGAUCGAUCAAACUGCCGGUUGCUGCGAAAGAAGUCACGAAGAGCGUCGAUUUCAAAGUCAUUGACCACCCAGCCAUCUACAACGUCAUCAUGGGCACACCUUGGCUAAACGCAAUGAAAGCAGUCCCGUCGACUUAUCACUUAGGCAUCAAAUUCCCGACUCAUAACGAAAUUGCAGCGAUAUGGGGAUACCAGACACAGUCGAGAUACUGUUUCUUGGCCGAACACAAGCUACAGAAAAUCACGACCAUCGCGAUGGUAAGGCCCAAACGGGGAAAGCUAACUCAGACAUCAACUGAAAAACCUUCGGAAAAAGACAAUCCAAAAUCGUCGACUCAAAGAACAGCCAAGAAACAAUUAAUUUCGGAGCCCAGUGUUUCAACCGAACCGGAGGAGAAAAACCCGGUGGAAGACGCCAGUCCUGCGACUGAGGCGACCGACGCAAACUCGAUAGCCGAGUAG